AGCCUAGGAAGGCCGAUAAAGCCUGCACGCUUUCCUAGAUCCGCUCCAUUGCUAGCGCGUAGCCUUUUGAUGCUACCGCGGCACAGGCGAACUCUCUGAAACGGUAGCCAUGCAGAGGGGAACGGACUGACGAUUGCAGUGGAUUCAUCUCCUUGGCCGCUUUGCCAAACGCAGAGAGGACCUUGUCCUAGAAAGAGAGGAGAGGAGAGGAGAGGAGAGCCCGGUCUGUGAAGUGCAGAGUGGAAGCGGAAGACAUCUAAGACUCCGAGCAGUAAGCAGAGUGAAGAAGGCAGCACUGCGUGAUGUGUGGAGCUCGCCGUCUGCAGAAGCGGAACAGGGCAGCUGCUUGGUUCUUCUUCCUCUUCUCCUUCCUGCUGCUUCUGCAGAUUACCGCGACGUCCCAAGGCAGCCACGAGCAGCUGGUGCAUGUCAAGGAGGACUCGCACCCAUCACCGAUGGGCGGCGGAGGAGAGCAGAGGGAGCAGCAGGGGCUGAGCAGGCUGGGGUCGAGGCCGCCGUGCUGCGAGCGGAAGUGCGGAGUGUGCGCGCCGUGCGAGGCCGUGCAGGUGCGCGCCGGUGCCGCGGAGGACAGGCUUCGCCGGCAGUGCGCCGACUACGAGCCUGUCGGGUGGAAGUGCAAGUGCGGCGCCGCAGUCUUCGAUCCAUGAUCACCUGAUCAAUUUGCAGAGUCGCUUGUUCUCCUGAUUAAUUUGCA